AUGGAGGAAGACGAUUUCAUUCUCCCUGCCGUUUCCUUCGCUGCUCUCAAGCCUCACCUCUUCGUCGAAGCUCCAAAAGCCAACGUCGCAGUUGCAUUCUACAAGAAUGUGUUAGGUGCUGGAGAGGUUUCGCGCACUCUGAACCCUAAGCGUAAGGCUGAUCAGGAGAUUCAUCAUGUUCUCUCGGCUGAACUCAAGAUCGCUGGCUCUUUGUUCCUUGUUGUUAAUACCGUUGAUGAUUCCGCUACACCGGUGAAGAGUGGUGGAAACAGUGUCGCUUUUGCUUUGGAGACGGAGGACGUUGAAGGUGCGAUAGCGAAGGCUGUGAAAGGUGGAGCGGUUGUGGACAUUGAAGGUGCGAUAGCGAAGGCUGUGAAAGGUGGAGCGGUUGUGGACAUUGAAGGUGCGUCUGGUGAGGGGCGUGUGAGGAAGGUAACUGAUCCAUACGGUUACGUUUGGCAGAUUAGCGCUUAUUUGAAGAAGAGAUGCUGGGAUUUAGGGUUAUCCAACCCCUUUGCAUUUGUUAAAGAUGGGUGGAUCCGGGUCCAGCCUGACCCGGUCCGACCCAUUGUUUUUUUUUUAAAGUUCUUUUAUAAACCUUUUUUCUAUAAACCUGGGCUAGCUUCCUUUUCCUUUUAG